CAAGACAAUGAUAUACUGAAGUAAUACAUAAGAUAUUUUAAAGUACAAAUUAUCAAACAUUUUACAAACUUUUGAUAGAUUCAGAAUCAUUUGUUGCGGAAGUGAAACUGUCUUCAAUAAUAAUUUACCAUUGUCAUGUAUCUCAAUUAAUUAGGAUUGGAACGUAACAGAAAUUGUCACUAUGACUGUGAUGGAAUUUUUUGGUUGCACUUUUAUAGCAUUUGGACCACCAUUUGCUUUGUUUGUGUUCACGAUUGCCAGAGAUCCUCUACGAAUUAUUGUGCUUAUAGCAAGUGGAUUUUUUUGGCUGCUGUCUCUCUUAGUGUCGUCCAUUCUAUGGUAUGCUGUGGUUCCUCUAAGAGAAACUCUUGCCUUUGGUCUAGUUUUCUCAGUUCUCUUUCAGGAAGCUUUCAGACUUCUUUUUUAUAAACUUCUGAGGAAAGCAGAUGAUGGCUUGCAGAAAGUCAGUCAAACUGGCCAAGAAAUGCACAUGACCCCCAGAGAUAUCUCAAAUAAACAUAUCAUGGCAUAUGUGUCAGGCCUAGGGUUUGGUAUUCUUUCGGGGACUUUCUCCACAGUCAAUGUGUUAGCAGAUAUGGUUGGUCCAGGAACCAUUGGCAUCCGUGGAGAUUCAAAAUAUUUCUUUGUAGCUACAGCGUUCCUCACCCUUAGUUUUGUACUUCUUCACACGUUCUGGGGAAUCAUUUUCUUUAAUGGAAUGGACAAGAAGCAGUACUACAUGGUGUUGAUAGUGCUGGGCACUCACAUGCUGGCGUCCUGUCUGGUGAGUGAAUGCAUGUUUAUUAGGUCACGUGAGUCACCUGGUACAUGUAUAUAUAUCUUAUAUAAACGUGUUUAUAUGUGUUCCAUUGUAGACGCUCCUGAACCAGAGAACCUCCUCUGGCGACAGUCGUUUGUAUCUGGCCAGCAUACUCCCCAUCUACUUCCUAACCAUCGUCAUGGGAGUCAUCGCAUACUACAUAGCAGGAGGAUCACUGGCCAACAUCAAGAGUUGUUUCCCUUGUGGCAAUGCCCGUAAAUAUGAGAUUGACUAAUUUGGUGUUCCCCAAGAAGCCAAGCCAUUUAAAAUAUCACACGUAACAUUUACUGUCUCCUUGUUUUCAUUUGUCGUGUACACUGUACAUUUUGGAAGUCAUUUUUUAAAACAUAAAUGUCUUGAAAUAAAUAAUUCACCACCCAUGAA